CUAUUUUUUCAUUUUCCUAACAGCUGUUUGACCAAGUGUGCCUAUCAUUACUUUAGCUUAUUGUUCCAACUUUGACCCAUAAAAUCAAUUGUGAAGCAAUUACCUUGGCUUCAUAACCUCUUUUGCCUCGAUUGGUAGUCGGAAUGUCGUAAAUGGAGGCGCUGUGAGAGCCGAUGCAACGGAAGAUGCCCGACUCCACCGAGUCAAACCAAAAAAAAUAUAAAACCCCUCUCACACGAUCGAGCAACUUCAUCUCCUCUUUUCUUCCUUUUUUCACAUAAUGAUUGCUACCAAGUUGCUCAAGAAGCCUGCUAUGCUGACUUUGGCAAAGCGCUCCUAUGCGUCUACCUCAAAGACUCUUAAGCAGACAGCUCUCCACGAUUUUCACUUGAAGCAUGGUGGUAAGAUGGUUCCCUUCGCUGGCUAUGCUAUGCCCGUUCAAUACUCUGGUAUGGGUGUCUUGGCCUCCCAUCUUCACACUCGUGAGAAAGCCUCGAUCUUUGAUGUUUCCCACAUGUUGCAAACAAGACUGAUUGGAAAGGACCGUGCUAAAUUCUUCGAAACUUUGGUAGUGGCUGAUUUGCAUAAUCUGCCCGUCGGAAGUGGCACAUUGUCGGUGUUUACCAAUGAGAACGGAGGUAUCAUCGACGAUACGAUCAUCAUGCAGCAAGCUGACUCUCUCUACGUUGUUUCCAACGCUGCUUGUGCUGAGAAGGAUCUUGCACAUAUCAACAAGCACCUCAAGGUGUUCCAAGAUAAGGGUGGAGAUGUCGAUCUCAAAAUUAUCGAAGAUCACUCUCUUGUGGCUAUUCAGGGCCCUAAAGCCGCUGCUGCAUUGGAAUCUUUGAUUGGAGAAGAUUUGAGAGACUUUGCCUUCAUGAACGGUCGUUUCAUUACCAUUCGCGGUGUUCACUGCCACGUUGCUCGCUCCGGUUACACUGGUGAAGACGGUUUCGAGUUGUCCAUCCCUACUGCUGAUGCCGUUAAUAUUACCGACCUCUUGCUUUCUCAUCCCGAUGUUGAACUUGCUGGUUUAGGUGCUCGUGACUCUUUGCGUUUGGAAGCUGGUCUCUGCUUGUAUGGUAACGACCUUGAUGAUACCACUACCCCUGUUGAAGGUGGUUUGACCUGGACCAUUCCUAAGUCUCGUCGUGAGACUGGUGGCUUUUUGGGUGCUGAACAUAUCUUGCCUCAGAUCAAGGGUGGUGUUUCCCGUCGUCGCGUCGGUCUGUUUGUUGAAGGUGCUCCUGCUCGUGAAGGUGCCGAAAUCCUCUCUCCCGAUGGUGAAGUCAUUGGUAACGUCACCUCCGGUGUUCCCAGCCCUUGCUUGAAGCGUAACAUCGCCAUGGGAUAUGUCAAGUCUGGUUUCCACAAGAAUGGCACUGCUCUUAAGGUUCGUGUCCGUAACAGAGUUCAGGACGCUUCUAUCACCAAGAUGCCAUUUGUUCCUGCCAAAUACCACAAAUAAGCCAUAGCUUAUGACCUCCUCACUCAUCUGGCUGGCCUUUUAUGAUUGUACAUUGUCACAGCCCAUGACCUACCCUUCCUACACACAAUAUAGCUCCUUUUUUUUCCUGUUUGUCUUCUUUAUGAUAUUUACCCUAGCAUUCACAAUCCCAUCAAUAAAAAAAUCCUAGAUGUUUUGAUUGAAAAAGUUGCCGUUC